AUGAGUGAUUCUGCACCGCCGAAAUGGCCAAUGCUGGUUUAUUAUGGAAUGUCACUGGUAUCACUUCCUCUAUACCUUUUGGUAUUUGUCUCAUUUUUACGUCUUCGGCGUGUGUCAAAAACUUACAACUCGGUGUUUUAUUCAAUUUUGUUGCAACAUUGCAUCGCUGACCUUCUAGCCAUGGUAUUCUUCUUUGGCACAAACCCAAUGCGAGUUCUCCCUUACAUUCGUGACUUUUAUUUUGACUAUCAGCAGUACUACAUCACUGCGGCCAGCUAUAACUCUGUCUACUAUUUCCUGUAUGUCAGAUGCACUGGAAUCAUGUUUUUAUCCCUUCAGAGAUACUACGUCAUCUGUUGUCCAACUCAUAAACUAACUUUUAGAGUUCAAGCAGCAUCUAGCCUAAAAAUCAUUCUAAUAUAUUGGCUGACACCAACACUGAUUAGUGUAGUGGUUCUGAAAGAUACGGAUUUUAGUUACGAUAAUUAUGAGCGGAUGGCUAUAGUAGCAGAUCAUGAUGUUAUUCAGAGAAACACUUCGAUGGCUUUGAUAGUUGUGAGCAUUACUUGUGUUGUUUGCUCUUUUACUUAUAGUGCUUUGUUUUAUUAUAUCCGACAACACACUGCAGGAUUCUCAAAAUCCCUUCGUCGUGAAGUUCAUCUGGCAAUUCAAGUUUUCGUUCUGCUCCUAGCUUUUUUUGCUAUUCUAGUUUACUAUGGUUUCCAGAAUUAUUUCUCGCAGAGUGAUGAUACCAAGCCAAUUUUUUACAUGCGAGCUAUGUAUCCUGUGGCAAAUGGGCUGCUCUCAUACAUCAAUCCAUUUUGUAUUCUUUUUCUGAAUAGGGAUUUGGCUAGUCAGGUCUUCCGGACAGCUACAUGUCACAGAAAUAUUACGAGCGAUUUUCAAGUCUCUGCGAUCAUAACUACUUCUACCAAGCAUCCGAUGAAGAGAGAUGCAAGUCGUGAUGGCCAAACCCUCCAGUAA